ACAGCCUUGGAGCUCCUUGUGAUUGGCUGAGACGUCCAGAGGGAGGGAGUGAGGAUCCACCAAUCAGGAGGAGAGUUGAUCCAAUAUAGGAGCUGGAGGCGAGGAGCAUCUUUAUUAUAGGACUCAUUUUCAGGCGGAGAGGAGACAGGAGACCUGCAGGAGCCACAGGAGUUACCUCUCCUUCUCUCUUUCUGUGUUGUUAAACCCACUUUUUAUUCACAGCUGUCUGCAUCUGGCAGGUUUUUUUUCUUUUUUAAGAAAAUCUCCCGAAAAGGAGCUUGAACGAAAAAGAAGACGGACAACGACCCCCUUACUUAUUUUGCAAUCAUGAUGUCGAUGAACAGCAAGCAGCCUUUCAGUAUGCACCCCAUCCUCCACGAGCCCAAAUACAACCCUCUGCACUCCAGCUCGGAGGCCAUCCGCAGGGCCUGUCUGCCCAAUCCAUCGCUUCAGGGCAACAUCUUCGCAGGUUUUGAUGAGACUCUGCUGCAGAGAGCCGAGGCUCUGGCCGCGGUGGACAUCGUGGCCCAGAAGAGCCACCCGUUCAAACCAGACGCUACCUACCACACCAUGACCACCAUGACCAGCAUGGCGUGCACACCGAACUCCUCCAGCGCUCACCUGCACCACCCAUCCGUCCUCACCUCCCACCACCACCCUGCGCACCACCAGUCUGCACAAGUCCUGGAUGGAGACCUGCUGGACCACCUCACACCGGGCCUCUCUCUGGGAGGCAUGGCCGGCUCGGACGUCUGCUCCUCGGCCUCUCACACUGCACACGCUGCACACAUGUCUGCAAUCAACCACAUGCAGCAGCACCACCACCACCACCAGCAGUCCAUGAACAUGCACCAGCAUGCAUUGUCUCACAGCUCCUUGCAGGCUGCAGGUUUAGACUCGGAGCCGGAUCCAAGAGAGCUGGAGUCGUUUGCAGAGAGGUUCAAACAAAGGCGCAUUAAACUGGGGGUGACCCAAGCAGAUGUGGGUUCUGCUCUUGCAAACCUGAAGAUCCCAGGUGUUGGAUGUCUUAGCCAGAGCACCAUCUGCAGGUUCGAGUCCCUCACCUUGUCGCACAACAACAUGGUGGCCCUGAAGCCCAUCCUGGAGGCCUGGCUGGAGGAGGCCGAGCGUGCACAGAGGGAGAAGAUGUCCAAGCCGGAGAUCUUCAGCGGUGGAGACAAGAAGAGGAAACGGACCUCCAUCGCUGCUCCGGAGAAGCGCUCCUUGGAGGCUUAUUUCGCCGUGCAGCCGAGGCCAUCGUCGGAGAAGAUCGCAGCCAUUGCAGAGAAACUGGACCUGAAGAAGAACGUGGUGCGCGUUUGGUUUUGCAAUCAGAGGCAAAAGCAGAAACGAAUGAAGUUUUCUGCGACGCACUAGAAGAGCUGCAGAACCUGCAGGACUAAAAAAGACAAAUCAGAGACAAAGCUGCUGCUGCUGCUGCACACUGUCAGAGAAAGAAGGUACACCGUUGUGCCUGUUGGUGCUGGACCUCUUUGACACACAGCUGAACAAAAUUAGAUCCAUUUUACCAAGUCAUUAAAUCUCUUAUCGAGUCUUGUGAUUCAAGAAAUGAAUCAGCAUUGAAAAAGCUGCUGUUUCACUCCACUGGCUGCAAUUAAUUGAAGAGAAAAAUCUAAUUUUUCUGACUAAAUGUCUUGUUAACAUUCAUUACAGUUCUUGUUCCACCUUGCAGAGGAGCAGCAUCGUUUUUGCUUUUGAUGCGUAAUGCAAAGAAACACCUGCACGUCUCUGGAGUGUUUUAGAUGCUGCUGCUGCACACUGUCAGAAAAACGAGGUACACCGUUGUGCCUGUUGGUGCUGGACCUGUUUGACACACUGGUGGAAAUGUUUCUAGGUAGGGCUGUGGUGCCACAUCUAAUCAAUUUCAGCAAACAUCCCGGUUUGAUUUAA